UUUUGCACAGGCUCUUCUCUCUCUGAAGGAUUAUCUCUGCCAGCAUACUGCUAGUCUUUCUUCACGGCUCAGCUUCCUCAACUUGCCCUGCCCACUCUAGGGCAGAGUUAGUCUCUUCCUCUUAUGUUCCACAUUGCCUCUUGCUCGUUAGUACUUCAACAUUUUGGAAGAUUGUUUAUUGUACUAUAUAUUUCUCAUGCUAGCCUCUUCCCAUCUUUCCAGGUCAGUGGGAUGCCUAACAUUGCGAGAGAAGAGCUCAAGCCUGAAGAAAGUGAACAACUGCUGCUUCUCCCGGGUGGCCACCCUCCAUUGUGGAACCACAUGGACUCCAUUGGGCCAGUAGGGUUGCGGCAAAGGGAAGGAGCUCCUGGCUGCUCCCAGGAAGGCUUGCCCUGCCCCUCAGACAGCUCUGAGCUGCCUGUUUCUCCCCAGGUGCUGGCAUGUCUACAGCAAUUCAAGGUGACGGAGACACAGCUACGGCAGAUCCAAGCCAGCCUCCUGUGCUCUAUGGAGCACGCACUGGGGGGGCAGGCCAGCCCUGCCUCUUCUGUCCGGAUGCUGCCCACAUAUGUGGGGUCCACCCCACAUGGCACUGAGCAAGGAGAUUUUGUGGUGCUGGAGCUGGGGGCCACAGGGGCCUCACUGCGUGUUCUGUGGGUGACCCUGGUGGGCAAUGAGGGGCAUAGGAUGGAGCCCCGGAGUCAGGAGUUUGUGAUCCCUCCAGAGGUGAUGCUGGGUCCUGGUCAGCAGCUCUUUGACUUUGCUGCCCGCUGUCUGUCUGAGUUCCUGGAUGCAAUCCCCAUGGACAAAAAGGGUCUGCAGCUUGGGUUCAGCUUCUCCUUCCCUUGUCACCAGACUGGCCUGGACAGGAGCACCCUUAUUUCCUGGACCAAAGGUUUUAGGUGCAGCGGUGUGGAAGGCCAUGAUGUGGUCCAGUUGCUGCGAGAUGCCAUCAAGAGGCAGGGGGCCUACAGCAUCGACGUGGUUGCCGUGGUGAAUGACACAGUGGGCACCAUGAUGGGCUUCGAGCCAGGGUUUGGGCCCUGUGAGGUCGGGCUUGUUGUAGACACUGGCACCAAUGCAUGUUACAUGGAGGAGGCAAGGCAUGUGGCAGUGCUGGAUGAGGACCGGGGCCGCGUCUGCGUCAGCGUUGAGUGGGGCUCCUUCAGUGAUGAUGGGGUCCUGGGACCAGUGCUGACCACCUUUGACCAUGCCUUGGACCAAGAGUCCCUGAAUCCUGGUGCCCAGAGGUUUGAGAAGAUGAUUGGGGGCUUGUACCUGGGUGAGCUGGUGAGGCUUGUAUUGGCUCACCUGGCCCAGCAAGGGGUCCUCUUUGAUGGCUGCACCUCCUCCGCCCUGCUGACCCACGGCAGCAUCCUCCUGGAGCAUGUGGCUGAGAUGGAGGACCCCUUGGCUGGGGCAGCCCGUGUGCAUGCCAUCCUGCAGGACUUGGGCCUGAGUGUGGGGGCCUCGGACGCCAAGCUCGUGCAGUAUGUGUGUGCAACCGUGUUGACUCGGGCUGCCCGGCUCUGUGCCGCCGCCCUGGCUGCUGUUCUCUCCCGCCUCCGGCACAGCCGGGAGCUGCAGAUGCUUCAGAUUGCUGUGGCUACCGGAGGCCGAGUGUUUGAGCGACACCCAAGUUUCCUCAGCAUCCUGCAGGAGACCGUGAUGCUCCUGGCCCCAGAAUGUGAUGUCUCCUUCAUUCCCUCUGUGGAUGGGGGUGGCCGGGGUGUGGCAAUGGUGACUGCUGUGGCUGCCCGCCUGGCUGCUCACCGGCGCCUGCUGGAAGAGACCCUGGCACCUUUCCGGUUGAACCAUGAGCAGCUGGCAGUGGUGCAGGCACAGAUGCGGGAGGCCAUGGUCAAGGGUCUCCGAGGGGAGGCCUCAUCCCUCCGCAUGCUACCCACUUAUGUACGGGCCACACCUGAUGGCACUGAACGUGGGGACUUCCUGGCCCUGGACCUGGGGGGCACCAACUUUCGGGUCCUCUUGGUGCGUGUGACAGCAGGAGGUGUGAAGAUCACCAGCCAGGUCUAUUCCAUCCCAGAGUAUGUGGCCCAGGGCUCUGGACAGCAGCUCUUCGACCAUAUCGUGGACUGCAUUGUGGACUUCCAGCAGAAGCAGGGCCUGAAUGGGCAGAGCCUCCCACUGGGUUUCACCUUCUCCUUCCCAUGCAGGCAGCUUGGCCUCGACCAGGGCAUCCUCCUAAACUGGACAAAGGGUUUCAAUGCAUCCGACUGUGAGGGCCAAGACGUUGUGUGUCUGCUGCGGGAAGCCAUCGGGCGAAGACAGGCAGUGGAGCUGAAUGUGGUUGCCAUUGUCAAUGACACGGUGGGGACCAUGAUGUCCUGUGGCUAUGAGGAUCCCCGUUGUGAGGUCGGCCUCAUCGUUGGAACUGGCACCAAUGCCUGCUACAUGGAAGAGCUUCGGAAUGUGGCAGCUGUGGCUGGGGACUCAGGCCAUAUGUGCAUCAAUAUGGAGUGGGGUGCCUUUGGGGAUGACGGCUCUCUGGACUUGCUUAGAACCUGCUUUGAUGCAAAUGUGGACCAGGCAUCCAUCAACCCUGGCAAGCAGAGCUUUGAGAAGAUGAUCAGUGGCAUGUACCUGGGGGAGAUCGUCCGCCACAUUCUCUUGCAUUUGACCAGCCUUGGAGUUCUCUUCCGGGGCCAGCAGACCCAGCGCCUUCAGACCAGGGAUAUCUUCAAGACCAAGUUUCUCUCUGAGAUUGAAAGUGACAGCCUGGCUCUAAGGCAGGUCCGAGCCAUCCUGGAGGAUCUGGGGCUGCCCUUGACCUCGGAUGAUGCCCUGAUGGUCCUGGAGGUGUGCCAGGCUGUGUCCCAGCGGGCUGCUCAGCUCUGUGGGGCGGGUGUGGCUGCUGUAGUGGAGAAGAUCCGCGAGAACCGGGGCCUAGAAGAGCUGACUGUGUCCGUAGGGGUGGAUGGGACCCUCUACAAGCUGCAUCCCCACUUUUCCAGCCUGGUGGCAGCCACUGUGAGAAAGCUGGCCCCUCGCUGUGUGGUCACCUUCCUGCAGUCAGAAGAUGGGUCCGGCAAAGGUGCAGCCCUGGUCACUGCAGUUGCCUGCCGCCUUGCCCAGAUGGCCUGUGUUUGAAGAAGUCUCUGGGAACUACCCUCGCUGGACCAGGGCCCAGGUCCCACCUGUCCCCAGUCAUGCAGGACUCCCAAAGAGCCCAAGUGUGGCCCUUCCGUGUCCACUAGCCUUGACCUCUGGCUUUCCCAGAGAGAAGUAGCACUCGGGUUAGCAAUAUAUAUAUAUAAUUUAUUUACAUUCA